GCUUCGCCGAGGCCCCGUCCGGCCCGCCCCGUCAUUAUUAUCCUCAUCAUGGCGCUGCGAGGCGUGCGGGUGUUGGAGCUGGCGGGCUUGGCGCCGGCCCCGCUCUGCGGCCAAAUCCUCGCCGACUUUGGCGCCCAAGUGGUGCGGGUGGACCGCUUCAGGCGCACGGCCCUCAAUGCGGACGUGCAAGGCCGGGGCAAGCGCUCGCUGGCGCUGGACUUGAAGCAGCCUCAGGGCCCCGAGACGCUGGCGAGACUCUGCCUGAAGGCGGACGUGCUCAUCGAGCCUUUCCGACCAGGUGUCAUGGAAAAUCUUAAUCUUGGUCCAGAUGUUCUUCUUAAAAAUAACCCCGGACUCAUUUAUGCUAGGCUAACUGGAUUUGGCAAUUCAGGACCCUAUAGCAAGAUGGCGGGUCAUGAUAUCAAUUAUUUGGCUGUGUCAGGUGUGUUAUCGAGACUUGGCAGAAAAGAUGAAAAUCCAUAUGCUCCUGUUAAUCUUCUGGCUGAUUUUGCUGGCGGUGGUGUCAUGUGUGCCCUGGGCAUAAUUAUAGCACUCUAUGAACGUACAAAAUCUGGUAAAGGACAAGUCAUUGAUGCAAGUAUGGUAGAAGGUGCUGCAUACUUAAGUUCUUUCCUAUGGAAGUCGCAAAACUUGGGCCUUUGGAACAGACCUCGAGGGGAAAACUUGCUGGAUAGUGGAGCCCCUUUCUAUGAAACAUACAAGACCUCAGAUGAGAAAUUCAUGGCUGUUGGUGCUCUUGAGCCACAGUUUUAUAAACAGCUUAUCAGUGGUCUGGGGCUAGAUUCACAUCAACUUCCUGACCAAUAUGAUUUUUCUGGCUGGCCUGAAAUGAAGAAGAGGUUUGCUGAUCUGUUCUCAAAGAAAACGCAAGCAGAAUGGUGUGAAAUCUUUGAAUACACGGAUGCCUGUGUGACACCAGUUCUGUCUUUUGACGAUGUCGUCUCGCAUCCACACAACAAAGAACGUGGGGCUUUCCUUAAAAAUGAUCAAGAAGAGAUAAGUCCUAGACCCUCUCCACUUCUUUCCAGGACCCCGGCUGCUCCUUCAUCCAAAAGGGAUCCGUUUAUAGGAGAGCAUACAGAAGAGAUUCUCUUAGAUUAUGGUGUUUCUAAGGAAGAGAUCGCACAGCUUAUAUCUCUCAAAGUAAUUGAAUCCAAUAAGCCAAAGGCUAACUUAUAAAACUACAGAAACCAAGGGCCCUGAUAGCAUUUUUAAUGUCUGCUACCCAUGCGUGCUGUGAACUCAAGGAGGGAAAGUUAUGGACAGAACCAUUUAGUAGUUUUUGGACAGUACCAGUAGUUAUGGGCAGAACUAUUACUCCAGUGUGGAUUUGAGGAUAUUUGCAAAUUACUACAGAUAAUGUUUUCAGAAAGGCUGGCAUUUUGCAAGAGACCUCUUGUUGGACGCCUCCUACUUUGCUGUUGAAAGCUAUGCGUUUAGGAUAUGAAAGUGGGCAUCACAAACCGGAUUAUGCUGAUUUGUGUGGGUCCUAAUGCAGGUGAUUUCGGAGGACAACUGGCUGCAUUUGAGUCCGGCUAUCUAGAGGUAGCUGGCUGGCUUCUGCUGAUGGGUCUUUGGUCUGAUCCAGCAUGGCUCUUCUAAUGUUCAUUAUUAACUUGGAGACACAAGAUUGCUGGGUUAUGAAUUUUCAAGAGUCAAAACUCCUUUUGUCAGGUACUGAAGAAGGGAGCCUUGACUCUCAAAAGUUUGUUCCCUGAAAAUCUUGUUGGUCUUUAAAGUGCUCCUGUACUCAAAUCUAGUUGGUUAUAAUGCAUUACACCAAGACCCAGCAAAAGGCUUGCUUGAGCUGAUGUAUUGUAGAAGGGUUGGUUCCUUUCUACCAGUCCCAGGUAGAGUUGUACACUUCAGAUCCCAUUGACUCUGCUCAGGAUUGCAUGGACUGUUAAGCAUAUGAAGAAACUAUUUUUUAAAAAACCUAGACAAAUUUAGGCUGUUAUACAAUUGUAUAACAUGAAGUACUGAUGUCUGAAAUACACAUUUGAAUGGAUGUGCAUUGCCUUUUAGAUUGUAGCAUCAAAGCCCUAGAAGUUUUCAAAGGGGCCUUUGUUUUUGCUCACAAUGCAAAGAACUGUAAGUUUUCAUAGCUUUGUUCAGUAGGUCUGUUCUAGGGGGAAAGUACAACUGUGUCUUCUAUAGUUUAAGGCAUUGUGCCUGUGAAGAUGAAGAAAAACAGAGAACUUGUUUUAUGUCCCCAUAACAGAAGGCACAGAUGCCUGCAUCAGUUGUUGAAGGAAUACGAGAAGUUUUGCAAAAAAGAUUUUUUUUAAACCCCAAAACCACCCACCCUAUUUUUAAUUUCACAUCCAUAAAACUAUAUCAUCCAGAAAAAUAGCUUUCUUCCACACUACUGUUGGGCCAUCCUGUUAGAAUUUUAUUGAUGUCCUUCAUAAUUUAGAUAGAUGAUUCUACUCUGUAAUGUUUUUGUUAGCGACCUCAGUGGGAAGCCUUGGGCUUGAUUAUAAAGCUGUUUUGCCUAUUUUACUUUCAUUUGGAGUCCACCCUUUGUUGUGUAACUCUUAUUAUGGCAUAGCUAAAAACAAAUCAACUUUUGAACUGAUUUAACUGAGAGGUCUACAAAUUAACUUUUAUAAAGAUAUUCAGUGGUUUUCAUAAAAUGUGUUAAACAUUUUUUCUAAAUCUUAUUAAUAAAAAGGUAAAAUUAAUUUGCAUUAUAGAAA